CAAGAUGGCGGCGUCGAGGGCCAUGGCGGCGUCCCGGGCCUUGCUGGUGCCCAGGCGGCGGCCUCUCUGGCGUUUAGCUGAGGCGUUUUUUGUCGGCGGCGACGCCAGGAGGCUGAUAAGUACGGGAGAGAAGAGGUUCAGAAGUGCUCAGGCAGCUGCACAAGUGGCUUUAAAUGUCCCCGAGACACGAGUCACAUCUCUGGAAAACGGACUCCGAGUAGCUUCCGAGGACUCCGGGCUCUCAACAUGCACGGUCGGGCUUUGGAUUGAUGCGGGAAGCCGAUAUGAGAAUGAGAAGAAUAACGGGACGGCUCAUUUUCUGGAGCACAUGGCUUUCAAGGGCACGAAGAAGAGGUCCCAGCUGGACUUGGAGCUUGAGAUUGAGAACAUGGGUGCCCACCUCAACGCCUACACCUCCAGAGAGCAAACGGUGUACUAUGCAAAAGCUUUCUCCAGGGAUUUACCAAGAGCCGUGGAAAUCCUGGCCGAUAUCAUACAGAACAGCACGCUGGGAGAAGCCGAGAUUGAGCGGGAGCGGGGCGUCAUCCUCCGGGAGAUGCAGGAAGUGGAAACCAACUUGCAGGAAGUUGUCUUCGACUAUCUUCACGCGACAGCCUAUCAAAACACCGCCCUGGGCCGCACGAUCUUAGGGCCGACCGAAAACAUCAAGUCCAUAAACCGCACUGACUUAGUGGAGUACAUCACCACACAUUACAAAGGAUCGAGAAUAGUCCUUGCUGCAGCUGGAGGAGUGUGUCAUAAUGAGCUGCUCGACCUGGCCAAGUUUCACUUCGGUAACUUGCUCCCUGCGCACAAAGGAGGAACUCCAGCCCUCCCGGAGUGCAAGUUCACUGGGAGCGAGAUUCGCGUGAACGGUGACAAGAUGCCCCUGGCCCACAUCGCGGUUGCCGUCGAAGCCGUGGGUUGGUCUCACCCCGACACCAUCCCUCUGAUGGUCGCCAACACCCUGAUCGGGAACUGGGACCGUUCUUUCGGAGGAGGAGUGAAUUUGUCCAGCAAACUUGCUCAGAUCGCCUGUCACGGCAACCUGUGUCACAGCUUCCAGUCAUUUAACACUUGCUACACAGAUACGGGACUCUGGGGACUCUAUCUGGUCUGUGAACCCACCACCGUGGCUGACAUGCUGGACUGCGUCCAAAGAGAAUGGAUCCGACUCUGCACAAGUGUCACUGAAAGUGAGGUUGCUCGAGCCAAGAACCUUUUAAAAACAAACAUGCUGUUGCAGCUUGACGGUUCCACUCCUAUCUGUGAGGACAUUGGUCGGCAAAUGCUGUGUUACAACCGGAGGAUCCCCAUCCCGGAACUGGAAGCGAGAAUUGAAGCUAUUGAUGCCCAAAAUCUACGAGAAGUGUGCACCAGAUACAUUUAUGAUAAGCGCCCCGCCAUUGCUGCUGUUGGUCCCAUUGAACAGCUACCAGAUUAUGAUCGAAUUUGUAAGGGCAUGGUCUGGCUUCGUGACUAAGAUGGUGAAGGAAAUCUAUAAUUUAAGAAACGUAUGGGGUUUAGCGACUCUCUUUGUAAGAUCAGUGGGUGGGAAAAACUUAUCCCCUCCCCGAAAGCCCCUCCGCACCCUGCUGAAGACCUGCAGCCCUGUUUCUUCAAGUUUCAGGAUGAUUAUAAAUAUCAAUAAACCUUUAAAUACUUCA